UUGCAACAAAUACCAUCAGAUUAAGAAAAAGCCAUACGAUAAAAGUGAGUCUUAAGACGAGAUUUAAAAGGAGGAUACUGUGUUUGCCUGCCUGAGAUCUCUAGGCAGGGAGUUCCACAGCUGAGGGGCCUGGAAAGCAAAAGCCUGGUAAACAAUUAUUACAAUUUAAUAAAAGGCAUAUCAUUGUAAAAUAUGGGACCUAUAGGACAUACAGUACCUGAAAUUAAUUUAGGCUUUUUUUACAAAGUUAAGCAAUAUAAUAAACUUUAUUUAUUAUUAAUUUGCCAUCUCUGAAGUAACCAUAGACCUAGUCCUAAAUUCAAGCAGAUGUUUAUUGUUGUUUUUUUAGGUCAUACUUCACAAACGUUCAAAACAACAACGUAGCCCAACUUAAGUGAAAAGAAACAUGAAAUGUAAGGUAACGUUGAGCUGCAGGUUUGCUGAUCAAUAAAGCGAUGCUAAUGGAAAUAAAUUAACGUAAUCGUUUUAUUUUAUAUGGUUAUGGUAGUAACUUUUAAAACGUCUAAUAUUGUAAUAUGUACCAAUGUGUGAAUGUCUUAAUUGUUAUUUUUCUUUUUUUUUUCAGCAUCGAGUGCGCGCACGUCACGUUCAGACCGUACGUGCUUUACGUUCUGUAGACACGCGCAAUGAUAGCCGGAAGCACCGAUGAGAGGAAAAUAAAAAUCGAUGAAAUCCACUGUAAUUCGCGAGUGUACACAUCUCACUUACUGUCCUUUUCGCGACCGUGGGCUCGAAUUUAUCAGACUUUUACACUGCCACUGUGCCGGAGGGGACGGCAGAGAGCAGAAAAGCUGCUCCAUUUCAACGAAGUUGCUCGGUAGGGGUUUAGCUGACGUGUGGAGAAGUUGAGACUGCCAGAGAGCAGCUAAACAAACAUAAACAAGCAGGGAUCAGCUGAGCGCCUGUCCGAACCGAACCAGCAGCACGGAGAUAUGUCAGGGAGGACGAGUUUCCUCUUUUGAGCCCAAGAAUGAUCCACAGGAGACCGUGACUUACACUCAUACUAGCUCCAUGUCAACUGUCAACACUGGCACACAAAGAAUUUCGGCAACACAACACGAGGACCAGCCAUAGGCUUUAGCAGAAAAUCCACUGCUCCUGUCACUGUCUCUUUGUCAAGACAUAGCCAGGCUAGCAAGGACAACCAAUGAGUUUACCUUCCAGUUUUCAACUGUAACGAAACGAAUACUUAUUACAGUUCAAGGAGACAGAGGUGUCAGAAGUGGGAUUAACAUGGCCCACCAGGCAACUCCUAGUUCCCAGAAGGCCCUGAUGAUGGAGCUGAAAUCUCUGCAGGAGCAGCCGGUUGAGGGCUUCCGCAUCACUCUGGUGGAGGAGUCUGACCUCUACAACUGGGAAGUGGCCAUCUUCGGGCCCCCAAAUACCCUGUAUGAGGGAGGCUACUUUAAGGCACACAUCAAGUUCCCAGUUGACUACCCGUACUCCCCACCAACCUUCCGCUUCCUCACUAAGAUGUGGCACCCCAACAUCUACGAGAACGGAGACGUGUGCAUCUCCAUCCUGCACCCUCCUGUCGAUGACCCUCAGAGCGGGGAGCUACCGUCUGAAAGGUGGAACCCCACCCAGAACGUCAGGACUAUCCUGCUUAGUGUGAUCUCUCUGCUCAAUGAGCCCAACACCUUCUCUCCGGCCAAUGUGGAUGCGUCUGUCAUGUUUCGCAAAUGGAGGGACAGCAAAGGCAAGGACAAGGAGUAUGCUGAGAUUAUCAGGAAGCAGGUGAUGUCAACAGCGGCAGAGGCCGAGCGCGAUGGCGUCAAGGUGCCGACCACAUUGGCAGAGUACUGCGUCCAGACCAGGGUUCCCUCCCAGGACAGCAGUUCAGACCUUCUCUAUGAUGACCUCUAUGACGACGACAUGGAGGAGGAGGACGAGGAGGAAGACGAGAGCGAGAUGGAGUCCGUAGGUGAAGCCGGGGGGAUCAGCGCCGCGGAGGACGGCGGGAUGUCCACCAGACGUUACGACAACCAGGACGACUCUGGCAACGAAGACUCGUGAUGAUCUGGAUGAUAACUCCUCCCUGCCAACUCCCUCUACCACCCUCCUUCUUUUAUGUGUUGCGUUACAGUUUUCAGUGUGUGUGUGUGUGUGUGCGCGUGUGCGUGUUUGCACAUACAGUGGGGUCAAAGGUCUACUGCCAAAAACUUUUCAUCAUUUAUUAAACAAAUACAAAUAAUAGGUCUCAAAUGCUAUUAGAUACAUUUUCAGAAAAGGUUUGCUGGUACUGUUUUCACUGAAAGUCAGAAUUUGGUGUUUCCACCGUUUGCCUUAAUUACAGCUUGCAUCUGUCCGGCAUCAGAUGUUUUGCAGAGUUUGAGAAUUGAAAUUAUUCCAGCACGGUUUGAGAGCACCCCCAGAGCGUUUUUGAUGUUACGUUAUAUUUCACGUUUUUAAAUGUUCCCAUUGAGGAGGUUGAGGAUCCAUCCUUUUCCACACUACUCUAAACCAGAAAUAAUGGCAUAAAGAGAGAGAGAGAGAAUAGAGUGGUAUUACUCUACAGUCAGUGUGUGAUUAAUCAUGUGCAAGUUACUGACUCCAGACAAGGCAAAACAUCCCCAUAUCUGAAUAUUUCUAUCGCCUUGCUUAACUCUAGUUUUUAGUCCCUGUUGUAUUGCUCUUUCAUACAACCAACUCCUCACAUGCUGUGCUGUAAGUUCUUUGGUUGCGACCAUGAAUUUGAUUUCUUUUCUUUUGUAAACAGUUUUUUCAAAGUCUUCAACAAUGAAAUUUCAGUAUUGUUCAAUCCAUGCUAAACCAUUAGACUUGUUUUGCCAUUAAAGAAGUGGUUUGGUAACUGCUACAGUUUGUUGGUCUGUUAACUGUAGUUUUGUCAGCUGGAGACGUUGUUGUGCCGGCUUUGCAUCUUGGAUGCAGAUGCUGUUCUGUCUGAUAAGGACGUUGGCUUUAUACCAUGGUGCCAUCUGUAGGUCAGUCUGAUCCCUGGUUCCAGCCUGUUAACCCUUUUUUCAUGUUCAGGCAUUACCCGUAGUAACAGUUAAUUAGUUAUUAAAAGACCAUACUAAUUAACAUUGUGUUGGAGCAUACAUGUGUUAAUAUUUGAAUUAUACUGCAUACAUGUACACAUACAUGUAUCACAUAUACCAGUAUUUCAGCAUUACUUACAUGCAUUUCCCAAAGAUAAAAAUUACUCGUAUCAGUUCUAAAUAAUGUGGUCUUUUCGCAAAGUAAACUAAUUGUCUUAGUUUUUGAUAAAUGAUGAAAACAAACUGUCUUUGUGGUGGUCACUUGAAACCCGCUGUAGCUGGCCUGCUCUUCGCCUGGCUAGUCCACGUCAAAUUGUAUGGUUUUGUUCUAAAAGAUUAGCUCUAUCCAUUGUGUCUUUACUCAUUGCUGUUUUUUAUGUACUCCUUUUGUUUAGUUGGUUGACAUUUUGUCCUCCCUGACUUGUCCCUUGCAUUUCCCGGGAUGGCUCAAGACAGUCUGGCUAACAGACACUUUGCUGUUUGGCUCAUUAACCAGUCGAUGAGCUGGCCAACUUGUCCUUUCACUGUCCAUCAGUGUGUCCCAUGGCAGAAUAUCUCUGUCCAUCUCAUGCCUGUCUGUUCGACUUUGAUGCAAUCAACUUAAACUUGCAAACACAGGCUCUGCCGUGACUCCUCCCCUCUUGGACCCACCUUCAGUAGUGUCCAUCAUAACUGCUCCCACAUGAUCCCUCAAAGUAACGUCAUUUGGUUGGGAGGUGAACAAGGUUAAGACUUUUUCUCACGUCACCUCCUACACCUGUCUCUGCCUCUUAAACCUCAGGGCCUCAAUAGACUUUCAAUGAGAGAGAAAAAACAGUCAAAGAGAAACUUAUCACACAAACUGCUCCUCACCUCCAUCUCCUUUUCUUACUUUCUGCAUCACCGGGUGGUUUCAGAGAGCAUAGGAGGAACUGAAAGUCUCCAAUCCCACCGCGAGCGUGUUUACACGUGAUUGAGUGUUGCUGUUGUUCCUGAUCAGGGUCCUGUAAGUUGUUUUCUUCUUGGUAGGGUAGAGUCAAAUAAAAAAAUUCAAAAUACACCUAUAGGGACUUUCUCCUCAAGACAAUGCUCACAUUAUGUUGCGAUAGAUGUGAAAAUGUUAUGUUUUUGCGCCGUGACUCCAACUUCAGCUUAAAUACGUAGUCAAAUCUGGACAUUGUUACUGUGCUACACCACAUCCGGAGUCUGUUUAUCGACAGGGACGAAAUCAUCAUGCAGCUUAGCUACAUAUUUGCAUUUGAAUGAAUAUGACAGAUUGCCUGUUAUCUGUGUGUAUGUGUAUAUGUAUGUGUGUGUGCGCAUUUACUAUUCAUUAUUCAUCUACUGACUUUCAUGUCAGGGUUUUCUUGUUCCUGUCUCUGUGGAACAGGUGCAGACUUCUGUCACACGAGUGAGUUUGCUCAAAUGACCUUUUGGACUUUGUCCAGUUGAGAAAACAUUCAGUGUGCUUGCACUGUGUUCUAGUGCUGUUUUGGGAGGCCUGAACUGGCCCUCUGUGUAUUAACCUUUUGAACACACUGAACUGAAUAAUGUGACUAAUAUUACUUGUAUGGCAUCGAGUAAACCACACAUUUUGAGCUGUGUUUUAUGGUUGGGUAUGAAUCUGUCGCCCUUUUCAACACAACGGAGCACUGCGCAAACCUUUCAUUCAAAUGGAUGGAUUUUAUGCCAAGGAAACCAAGUACAGCCCCACAACUGUUCAAGACUAUGGAGCAAUGGAUGCAUGAAGUGGAUUUAACGCUGUUUGAAUAAACUCUUUAAGAGAUGCCUUUUGGAUUUUAAUGUGAAGCCAAAGGAGUGAAACAUUUCCUCCUGGCCCUGUGCUUUGGAGACUCAAAGAGGAUGGGGAGAGGAAAUCCACUCCUGAAUCAGAUCUUUAAUGGAUUUCCACAACAGAAAGUGGAUAGAUGCCAGCGAUUCUGAACUUUGACUCUUGAUGUGGUCCCCAUGUUUUGCCCAUCCCUCACCAUAUAGAGAAGAUGUAAAAACGUAAUGUACCAAUCUCUUCCUGCUAAUGGACUAGUUUGAUGUAUUGGGGAAAACGCUUACUCGCUUUGUGGUGGAGAGUUAGAUGAGAAGAUCCAUACCAUUCUAACGUCUGACCAUUUAAUAAGAAACUAUAGCCAAAAGCCAAUUUGCUUAGCUUUGCGCAAAGACUUGAAACAGAGGGAAACAGCUAGUCUGGCUCUGUCUAGCGGUAACAAAAUCCGCUAACUAGCACCUCUUAAGUUCACUAAUUAAUACCAUUAUAUGUCGUUUUUGGCCAAAAACCAAAGUGUAAAAACUGCAAUCUGUCGUUUUAUGGGGCGUUUUAUGUGCCGUACUAUAUCUUGGCUGGGAUUAUAACUUCCCAAAGUCUCCGCUGGUUGCCUGGCAACUGCUUAAAGCCAAGAAAUAGUCCAGCGCAUAACCCCAAUAAAACAGCAAAUUAUCAUUCUUACACUUAGAUUUUUGUACAGAUUAAACAAACAAGAUACAAUGUCUUAAUGAGUGAGCUUUAGAGGGGCUGGCAGGCUGAAGUUGGUGCCAUAGGACAGAACCAGGCUAGCUGUUUUUCCUUGUUUCCAGUUUUUAUGCUAAGCUAAGUUUGUUGGCUGUAGCUUCAUAUUUAAUGGACAGACAUGAGAGUGGCAUUAGUCUUCUGAUCUAACUCUCUGCCAGAAAGCAAACAAGUGUAUUUCCCAGCAUUUUAAACUAUUCCUUUUAAUAUGAAAGCUCCAGCCAGCAGCCGGUUAGCUUAGCUUAGAACAGAGACGGGAACAGGGGAAACAGGUAGCCUGGCUCUGUCCAAAUGUAACAAAAUCCAUCUACCAGCACCUCUAAAGCUCACAAAUUAACACAUUAUAACUUGUUUCUUUUUUUAUGUAAAAAGGAAAGGUUGUGGUUUUACCAGGAGUUUUGUGCCGGCCUAUUUCUUGGCCAGGAGCCGUGACUUCCUGAAGUCUACCUUUGGACCUUUGUUUCCAGCCUUUGUGCUAAGCUAAGCUAAGUGGCUGCUGGCAUUAGCUUCAUAUUUAACAGACACAAAUGAGAGUGGUAUCAAUCUUCUCAUCUAACUCUCGGCAAGAACGCAAAUAAGCACCCCCCCCAAAUGUCGAAUAAUUGCUUUAAAGCCAAGUUUUUGCCUCCCAUCACAAAUUUAGAAAUCAGAAUUGGUAUUAUUGCUUUUGUUAGAGUAAAGUCUAAGUCAAAAUCCUUUAUGAUAGCAAUUCAGUGAUCAGUUUAGAGCUCUUCAAUGUUAAAAUCCUCCUCUUUUUUUACUGAAAUGUAUGCCUUGUUUUUAUAAUGAGGGCAGGUGGAGAAAAGCUAAGGCCUUUUGAGGGAAGAGAGCAACCAACAAUUAUCUCUGAGGGAUGACAAUAAUUCCUAAACUCAACCUAAGAAAUGACUCACUAAAAAGGUCUGCAGUCUGAGAUGUUGAGACAAAAGACUGAAUGAAAUCAUUUUGUUCAUUUAAUCUGUGUGUGAGCAUGUGUGUGUAUUUUUUUUUUUUUUUAAGUGUGGGCCUUCACAUGGUCACACACUUAAUGGACUGACCUGCGUGUGUCCACAAUGCUACCACAAUGUGUCCACACCUAUUGAUGUUAAUGCUGUCCUUGUUGGUUUCUUCUUUGAUUUUAUGUCAUUUUUUUCCCUCAUCAUUUUGUGUUUGUGAGGAUGCAAAUGUCACUCAUAAAGUUUCUAUUGUAAAAAAAAAAAAAAAAAAUAAUUGCAUUGUUGGGUUUGUUUGCAAUAUAGCUUUGAUAUCUGUUGCUAAGCCCACAUGUCAUGGAAAACAGACAACACAGCAAGUUGGUUUUUGGAGUAAAAUUAGGAGUGAUAUGCAAAUGGAGCCAUACAGUUAUUGUGGUUAACUUGGGAAAUCAUUCAAAAUAAAACAGUAUGUCAUUGAA